UCGCCUGUCCCAGUAUUUCUCGGGAAAAUUGUAAAAAUUAUCACUGAGACUGUUGUUUUCUUGGAAUAACGUGAAAAAUAAUUGAACUGCCGCGUGAUAAGCUGUUGAACGUGGUUGUACGUCGUAGCUGUACUCCGCGAGUAGGCAAGCAGCGAGGCGUGAAUAAAAUUACCAUUUUAAAAGUGUUUUACGCUGUUUUUGAGCAAAAUGAGUGCUAUAGCGCAACAGGAGUCGGUCGUGAAGGAGAGUUUGUUUCAAUUCAUCACUAAACACAUCCCUUCUGCGGACCUAAACGUAAUAGACGACAUAGUUCUGUCGUAUGUGAUCUCCAUCCUCGAGGAGGCUUCCCAGGACCCCUGCUUCGAUGUUGAAGGCUUCAUCGAGAUGAUGUCAGCUUACGUGCCAGAGUUUUCUAACAUCGACCCUGGACUGGUGUGCUCGUGGGCACUCCAAUUGGAAGCUGAGCUGUCCAGGGGCGGAGAAAGUGACUCGCUGUCUAACCACGACGACUCCGCGGGAAGUGAUAAAGUGAGCCUCACACUACAAAGUCUGAGUGAAAUGUUACCUUCUGUCACCAAAAAUAAUCGUUCUCAUUCGAACUCGGAGAGCUCUGAAGGUGGAGAGAGCGUUCGUCGGGCGCUGCUUGAAGGAGAUGAGUACGCCAGCCAGUGUCGGGCGCUAUCAGAGAUGUUCCCCAACACUCCCGUCAUGGAGAUCAAGCACUGCGUGUCCAUCGCGCAGGGCGACGUGGAGCGCGCGGCGGGCACGCUGCUGCACCGACGCGAGCACGGCCAGGCGCUGGCGCCCGCCGCGCUGACCGCCGCCGCGCGCACGCCCACCUGCGACGACUCCGAGCUCAAGUCCAGAAUCAUCGCCAGGUAUUCGUACGUGGACAAGAAUUCUGACACCAAGGAACACCGACCUCUAGCGCCCAAGAUUGAGCCAAAAAAGCUGGUUCGGUACAGAGACAACAAGAUUGUCUCCCUUAAAGGCGAGCGCUACACUGAGGUCCCGAAAUCCGGCAUCGAUGAGGAACAUUUGAAGAAACCGAAAAAGCAGCAUUGCCCUUAACCAUUAAAUUCACAUCAGUACGGCGAACAAGCGAACUCCGCGCUCCCCGCACUAACCUUGUCCUCCCUAGACGUCGUAUUCCCCGCACGCCCCUCUAGCGUAAUUUAUACUUGUAUAAGCGUAAUUUUAACUUGCAUCACUGUAAUCGUGACUUGCAUAAGCGUAGUACUGACUUGCGCAAGCGGAAUACUGACUUGCGCAAGCGGAAAAUUGACUUGCGUGAGCAAAAUUUUAUAUUGCAUGUUCAAAAUGACUUGCAAAUAUUUAACUUACAUGUUGUUGACUUGCGCGUGCUCAGUACUGACUCGCACGCGCACAAUUGUGAUUAGUAACGGUGUAAUAUUUAUUGUUACACGUAUAAUUUGGAAUGUUACAUGUGUAAUUUUUACUUGCAAACCUGUAAUAUUGUAUUACAAGGAUUCUAAAUUAAGUGAAAUCGUUAAGGCGACUUCAAAGAAGUAUUUGAAUUGUGAAAACUUAUUAUUAUUAUCUAGGAACCUAUGCGCAAAUAUAAAAUUAAAUUCGCAGCAUUUUGGAUGCGUGAACGUAAAAAAUGAAUUCGAAAAUAUAAAUCCUAUAAUGAAUUCACUUACCGCGCGUCGCGCGUCUACUUGCAAGCAUGUAAUUGUGACUUGCAAAACCGUAAUUUCGACUUGCAUAAAUGUAAUUUCGACUUGUAUGUUAGUAAUUGUAAUUUACAAUUGUAUUAGUGUAAUUUAUUCCGAUUUUAGAAUGGGGCGUGCGUUUGUGUCUCGUGAUUUUAGAUUUAGAAUAUUAAAGGCGCGUGACUCGAACGUUUUAAACGCGGCGUUUAUGAAACCGCUUCUUUUCUGUACUGAUUUGUUGAAUUUUCAUUUGCCACGAAUAGUUUUUAAGUGUAAUUUAAUUUGCUUAUUUAUCCUUAGUUGUGUAAUCCUUAGGCAGCUGUGCAGUAUUAUGUUUAUCACGACUGGUAUAUUAAGAUGUGUUCAGAAGCAUGGAGGCGUCACGUGGCGUCUAAAAGACGCCGUGCGUGUAACCGCCGCGUUUUUCUCUUUAGUGGUAAGUGUGUAUCGACCUGUGAUUUUUUACUGUUAUUUUAUUAUUGACAAAGUGAUUCCUAUAGAUUUACUGUUUUUACACAAAUCUGUGAUUUUGAU